CUGGCGCGGUGAGCGCGGGGCGGUCGCGGGAAGCGGACGGUGCCGGGCCCGCUGCGAUGCUGUUCCACCGCUGCCCGGCCGCAGGCCGAGCGCGUCAGUGCUUUCAUGCUCUGAAGUUGGUAAAGAAGGAUUGCCUUCAAUCGCUGCGUGUCUCACGAUGUGCCUCCACUGCCGCUGUGCCUCGCAUAACCACACACUACACAAUUCAUCCUCGGGACAAAGACAAACGAUGGGAAGGGGUAAACAUGGAAAGAUUUGCAGAGGAAGCUGAUGUUGUGGUUGUUGGAGCAGGCCCUGCAGGCCUUUCUGCAGCCAUUCGACUCAAGCAGUUGGCUGCUGAGCACAGCAAAGAAGUGCGUGUGUGUCUGGUGGAAAAGGCUUCUCAGAUUGGUGCACACACGUUGUCUGGUGCUUGUGUCGAGCCAAGGGCCUUAGAAGAACUCUUUCCAGACUGGAAAGAGCGAGGGGCUCCACUUAAUACGCCUGUAACUGAAGACAAGUUUGGAAUUUUAACAGAGACAUCUAGAAUUCCAGUGCCAAUCCUUCCAGGGCUCCCGAUGGUUAAUCAUGGAAAUUACAUAGUACGUCUGGGCCACCUUGUGAGUUGGCUAGGUGAACAAGCAGAAGCUUUGGGUGUUGAGAUAUAUCCAGGCUAUGCAGCAGCUGAGGUACUUUUUCAUGAAGAUGGUAGCGUGAAGGGGAUAGCAACUAAUGAUGUAGGCAUUCAGAAGGAUGGAGCACCUAAAGCUACCUUUGAAAGAGGCUUGGAACUCCAUGCUAAAGUCACAGUCUUUGCUGAAGGUUGUCAUGGACAUCUAGCCAAACAGCUGUACAAAAGAUACAAUCUAAGGGAGAAUUGUCAACCCCAGAGCUAUGGCAUUGGAUUGAAAGAGUUAUGGACUAUUGAUAAAACAAAAUGGAAACCAGGAAGAGUGGAACAUACUGUAGGCUGGCCAUUAGACAGACAUACGUAUGGAGGAUCCUUUCUUUAUCACUUAAAUGAGCCUGAGCCUUUAGUUGCUCUUGGAUUUGUGGUUGGUUUAGAUUAUCAAAAUCCCUAUUUGAAUCCAUUUAGAGAAUUUCAGAGGUGGAAGCAUCAUCCUAGUGUACAGCCUACUUUGGAAGGUGGAACAAGGAUUGCUUAUGGUGCCAGAGCGUUAAAUGAAGGUGGUAUCCAGUCAAUACCCAAACUCACCUUCCCAGGUGGAUUAUUAAUUGGUUGCAGUCCUGGACUCUUGAAUGUUCCCAAGAUCAAAGGAACACAUACUGCAAUGAAAAGUGGCAUGUUGGCUUCAGAAGCCAUUUUUAGUCGAUUAACCAAUGAAAAUCUCCAAUCAAAGACAAUAGGACUUGAUGUGCAAGAAUAUGAAGAGAACCUGAAGAAGUCCUGGGUGUGGAAAGAGCUGUAUGCAGUGAGAAACAUCCGACCAUCCUGCCAUACCGUACUUGGUGUGUAUGGAGGAAUGAUAUAUACAGGCAUAUUUUAUUGGAUACUGAGAGGAAUGGAACCAUGGACAUUAAAACAUCCAGGACCAGAUUAUGCUCAGCUCAAGCCAGCCAAAGACUGCACCCCUAUUGAAUACCCAAAGCCCGAUGGAAAAAUCAGUUUUGAUCUCCUGUCAUCUGUGGCUUUAAGUGGUACAAACCAUGAAGAUGACCAGCCCCCUCAUUUAACUCUCAAAGAUGACAGCGUCCCUGUGAGCAGGAAUCUGGCUGUAUUCGAUGGACCGGAGCAAAGGUUUUGUCCUGCAGGAGUCUAUGAGUAUGUUCCUCUGGAAUCAGGAGAAGGAUCAAGGCUGCAAAUAAAUGCUCAGAACUGUGUCCACUGCAAAACAUGUGAUAUUAAAGACCCAAGUCAGAACAUUAACUGGGUAGUACCUGAAGGUGGAGGAGGACCAGCUUAUAAUGGAAUGUAAACUAACAGAUCAAUUCAGUGACUUCUGAUCACCAACAAAUAUGUUGGAGUAUUUUAUGCUGCAGCAUAAUUAAUGUACAGCACUGACUUGAAUGUUAAAAGAGUUUGAGACUAAUGUGCCAUUCUGAAUUUUACAUUUGACUGUUGCAUUAAAUACAAAGUUAGUGCCUUCUGGUUAAA